AUGCCAGUCCGUACUAAAGGCGGAAAAGGUCCAGGUAAAGGAGGUUCGAAGCCUCAUCGUAAGGUUCUACGUGAUAACAUCCAUGGCAUCACCAAACCGGCCAUAAGGAGACUUGCGCGUCGUGGUGGAGUUAAGCGCAUAUCCGGGCUUAUCCAUGAGGAGACUCGUGGCGUCCUCAAGGUCUUCCUCGAGAGUGUUAUUACGGCCGCGGUCGCCAAUACCGAGCACGCUGGACGUAGGACCGUGACGGCCCUGGAUGUGGUCUUUGCGUUGGAGAGGCAGGGGAAGACUCCAUACAGCUUGGAUGGUUAA